UAGGUGAGUAUCUAUCUCUCCUCCUGCCAACUGUUAAAAGAUGAUUGGCUGACAAUCAAUAUAAAACGAAUAGGCUUUAUUUUCUCCACGGCAGCCGCCAGCACAAAAUAAGAGAGGAGGAAGUGGUUUGCUGGAGGAACACAUACACUAUGUUGCUGGAAUAUUUUAAAUAUAUAUUUUAUAAAUUACUUCAUUUUAUACCUUUUUUUCAGUUUGCAUCUUUAAUAUAUAUUUUGAAAUUAAGGUCUACCCAACUCUAUAUUAAACAUUUUUAUUUGAAUGCACAUAAUUAUUUAUUUAAUAUUAAAUCAGAUCCACCUUGGCGUACAGAGGAUAUAAUGCAGAAAUGUUUAGAUAGACUAGAAUCUACGAACGGCCCUGUAGUUUACAAAAGUGGAGAAAUUCAAGAAUACGGUCCCAGCAUGGGGCUGGUGUUUCCAAAGGAAAGACCAUGCAAAAUAGAAAUUAGAAAUUAUACCGAAAAAAGCAUUACAGAUGGUCUUGGCUGUUAUUAUGGUUAUGGUCAUGUCUUGACUGCCUUACAUGUUAUUAAGGACACAGGUCCAGGGAAGUGUAAAAUACUCAUUGCUUUCACUACUGGAGAGAUUAUGUUGGUCUAUAAGGCUGACUUUACAGAAUCUUUUAACAUUGGCACAGACAGAGAUCUGGCUUUUAUUAAAUUACUUGGCGAUACUAGUCCGCUUGGCGAUGGUUUACAGAAUCAGAUUGGUAAAGUCAGUGAAACUGAAAGUGUAGAUAUUUACCCCUUAGGCCCCGAUGGGAAUUUUCUGAAGAAGAAGGGUAAAAUCUGUUAUCCAAAUUUAAGCAUGAAGGCACAAAUGUAUACUGAGGAAUUUAUAAUAUCUGUAGCAGGUAAACCUGGAGACAGUGGCUCACCUGUUUACAAUACUAAGGGUGAACUGAUUGGCAUAUAUCGAGGCAUCUUUACACACCCUGAAUGUGAAUAUGGUCGUUGUUCUAAAAUUUCUCCACAGUUUUUACUCUGGAUCCAAACAAGUUAUUGUAGUUUUACCUUUUGUAAUGCAACCUCUGACUUACAAAAAACUGACUCCUGCUUGGUUGACAUUAAUUGAUUUUAGUCUAUCUAAUCUAUUUAACAUUUUAAUGUAUUAACCUUUAAAUAUUAUAACCAUUUAGUUUUUUAACUUUUAAAUUAAUAAAUCAUGGAUAAAUCUUAGGUCUCAUGUGACUGUUCCCAAAAUUUUGAGCAAAUGGGCCCAGGCACCCCUGAAUAUGGCCACUUUUUAAAAAAUUCUCCACAGUUUAGACCAGCGUCUUAACAAAAUAGUCACAUGUUACAGAUUUCUUUCAUGGUAGGUCCUUUUUUUCUAUCUAUUUUUUGAUCUCAUGGCAAACUGUUUCUCUCCCUUUCUGUCUUAGGUUGCCAAGCCUGAGUAUUGAUUGUGUGUGUGUGUGUGUGUGUGUGAGUGAGUCAAAGUGAGCCACUGGGGCCAACCUUGUUUUUUUCUGUUUCAUUUUUGUUUUCUGCCAGACUGAGAAAUAAAAGCUAACAUACAAGCGCAACCUGAGUCCGCUGAGUCUCACCUACUGACAGAGAAAGUUUACCACACUGGUGCCAAAACCUGAGAGAUGAGUGCACAAUGAAAGCCAUGUGGACGAAUCCCCUGAUGCAGAUCAUCCAGCCUCUAGCCAGCCUCUAGCCAUCCUCUUGCCAGCCUCUAGGAUGCAAGAACAGCAGCAUCAGGGUCUCAUGGGUCUGCAGCAACAACAGCAGGAAAUCCUUGCUAAAAUCCUGGAGGAGCAAGCUGCGGACCAAGCCGUCAUCCUGAGCCUGCUGGCAUGAGCCCAUCCCUAAACUCUUUCUCACUGGCCAGAAUGACACCCCAGGAUGAUGUCAAGGUGUACCUGGAGAUGUUCGAGAUUAACGCCUCAGCAUGUGGCUGGCCAAGAUUGGGGACUGUGCAUUCAAGUCCACCUGAACAGAGGCAUGGCUGCUUUGCAGUGGCUCACUUUGGUUCACACAUCGUUCACACACACACACACACACACACACACAGAACACUCAGGCUUGGCUCACUAAGAGAGAAAGAGGGACUGCACAGCUUGUUAAGGGGAGAGUUCUCCUUUAUUCACAUUUGACCUUUUCUAAGCACUUAGGGUGAUUUCUAGGCACCUCAGACAGUUUUUAUAUCAAUUGCUUAAACAAUUUGUUAAUCUUUUCAUGCAUAAAUUAUUUAUAGCCAUAUCCAGAUUCAUUUAUGUUUUCUCUUUUUUACAUAAAAUUUUUGAGUCUGUGUAAAUAUUACUUAUAUUAAAAAGUAAAUGGAUUGUCAAUGAGUAAAAACAGCUAAAACAGUAUGCCUGAAAUGAAAAAAAAAAAUUGUCCAAAAUUUUUAACAUUUAAGUCUUAAAAUAUGUAAUGUUAAAGACCAAAAAAUUUUCUUUUAGAAAAUAUCAUUUCUGAACAUACAAAAAGAUCUUCCAAAAAAUAAUUAAAAAAAAUAAAUAAAUAAAUAAAAAAUAAUUUUAAAAAACCUUGUUUUUAAAAACCCAAGGUUACCAGUGGAGUCUAAUUAAAAUUUAAUUUAAACUAAUUAAAAUAAAGAUAUAGACAACUCAGUUAGUAUACUUAGAGUCAUAAAUUAAUCUUAUUAUAAUAUAUUUUUCAAAAAAAAAAAAAAGAAAUUCUUAAAACUGACUGAGGUGACUAGAAAUCGCCAAAUAAAUAUUUAGAACUGCUCAAAUAAUAAAUAAGGUGAACUUCCCCUUUAUUAUAUAACCAAAAGUAAAAGUUACUUGCAUCAAGUAAUUGGAUUAUUAUUAUUAUUAUUAUUAUUAUUAUUAUUAUUAUUAUUAUUAUUAUUAUUAUGAUCCUCUGGUAACCACUUCCUCCUCCAUCUUACCUGAUGGCUGCCCAGGGUGAGGUGCCCAAAAUAAGAUACACUAAAGAUUGGCAUUUUACAAGAAAAGAAAAUCUCACCCUUGCUUCACUGGAUAGAGGAUGCCUGGAUACUGUAGAUUUGUGCUCACAAAAUGCUGCUGUAAUCGUCAUCACUUUAGUACAGUUUGUCAUUACUCUUCUACAUCUGUGUACCGUAAUGAUUUGUAAUUGCACUAUCCAGUGUCACCCACAAGAGGAUGGGUUCCCUUUUGAGUCUGGUUCCUCUCAAGGUUUCUUCCUCAUGUCAUCUCAGGGAGUUUUUCCUUGCCACCGUGGCCUCUGGCUUGCUCACUAGGGAUCUAAAUCUACAUCCAGAAUUCUGUAACAAAAUAUCCAUUGAAAAAGAAGAAUGUACGAAUAAAAUUAAACUUUGAAAUGAA